AUGCCUUCUCUGGCUUCAGCUCGCUACGGAAAGGACAAUGUCCGCGUUUACAAGGUCCACCGCGACCAGGAGACAGGCAUCCAGACGGUUACCGAGAUGACUGUCUGCUGUCUGCUUGAGGGAGCCAUUGACACAUCAUACACAAGGGCCGAUAACAGCGUUGUCGUUGCCACAGAUUCCAUCAAAAAUACCAUAUACGUGAAGGCCAAGGAGAACCCUGUAAACCCCCCCGAGCUAUAUGCUAGCAUCCUUGGCCAGCACUUCCUUGUCACGUAUCCGCACAUCUCUGUCGCCAAUGUCAGUGUCGUGGUCCACCGCUGGACGCGCAUGACCAUAGACGGCAAACCCCACCCGCACAGCUUCUACCGCGAUGGCGAGGAGACCCGGAACGUCGAAGCCGUCGUCAAGAGGGACGGCAUCGAAAUCAAGAGCGGGAUUUCUGGGCUGACGGUUCUGAAGAGCACCGGGUCUGCCUUCUAUGGAUUCAUCCGUGACGACUUCACCACACUGGCUGAAACCUGGGAUCGCAUCUUGUCAACCGACGUGAACUGUGGCUGGACAUGGGAGAGGUUCCCCAACUUGGGGGCCGUCCAGAGCGGUGUGGCCCAGUUCGACAAGACCUGGGAAGAUGCCCGCAACCUCACUAUGAAGACGUUUGCUGAGGAUGAGAGCGCGUCGGUGCAGAAUACCAUAUAUAAGAUGUGCGAGCUGAUCCUCGAGGCGGCUCCAGGGGUUGGGAGGGCCAAUUACUCGCUGCCCAACAAGCAUUAUUUCGAGAUUGACUUGAGCUGGCACAAUGGAUUGAAGAACACGGGCAAGGACGCUGAAGUCUAUGCUCCCCAAUCUGGUCCCAACGGGUUGAUCAAGUGCGAAGUCUCUCGCUCCUAA